AUGGGAGCAGGGACAACCAGCAGGGUACUGAUACCUUGGUACAGCAGAUACGGGUACGGCUACUGCCAAUCAGGCAGGUGGCAUCCAUUCCAGGCCCUGGCAGCUUGGGCGGGAAUUUCCAAUACGUGGUACGCAGGACAGCUCACAGGGCGGCGUAUCAGAAUACGCAAUGUAGCGUGUACGGUGCAGUGUGUCCAACGGUCAUCCAACGAUCCAACGGACGAGGCCGGUUUCAAGUUCUCAUUACGGAUUAUCUUUAGCCCAGAAGUGACACAUCCAUAUGCAGGAACAUUUUUCUGGGAGCGCCAGGGGCUCUACGAGGAUAAAGCUAUAAGUAUUGUAGGUAGAUCGAACCUGUCCUCCGAUGACUCGUUUUUGGUCAACUAUCAGCAGCAUGCGGAGGAUCCUCUCAAAAGUUUUGAUUAG